CCCAAGGAGGAAAAAAAAAAAAAAAGCUGAAGAAAUGAAGAAACCAUUUGAGUUGCGUGUGGCUAAGCUAAAAAGCACCGGCACCCCUGCUUGUCCUCUGCUUCACUUCACUCUCUUCAACCUUGUGUUCUAACUCAUAACUCAACAGGUCUAUAUAGUGAAGAAUUGAAAGAAGUGUGGGGAAUUUGAAAGGGGGAAGAGAAGGAAACUGUGGCUUCUGCGACCUUGUUGUGCUGGUGCAGUUCAGACUUGAUAAGGCAUGCAUGAUUCAUGUUCCUAUUUUUUUGCAAGACAGGAGGUACUGAAUUUGAAUCAAACAAUAGUGAGAAGCAGAGGGUGUUGUAAUGAUUAUCAAAAGCAAAGGAAGUUUUUUGUGUGUGCCGCAACCGAAGGGUCUGCAAAGUCUAGUAAAUCUGAAGAAACUAUCCCCACUUGGGCUAAACCAGAUUCUGAUGAACCCCCACCAUGGGCUAAGGGUGAAGGCAAAGAGAACUCAUCAAAGCAGAACUUUGAAGUUCCCAUUUUUGUUUAUUUACUUGGCCCGGCAAUUACUGCAAUUGCUGCUAUUGGUUCCAUUUUUGAGCAUGUGAAUCAGAGGCCGGUUUUCGGGAUUGUGAACUCAGACAGCAUUCUGUACGCUCCAUUGCUAGGAUUCUUUGCAUUUACGGGCAUUCCUACUUCUGCAUUUUUGUGGUUCAAGUCUGUUCAAGCCUGUUCAAGCCGCUAACAAGGAAGCUGAUGAGCAAGACAAGAGGGAUGGCUAUCUCUAAAGUCACACUUGCAGCAAUGAGUUAAAUAUAGUGUUAAUCUUCUAUAAACACGAGUACCUCUUUCAUUUUUCUUAACUCUUGGCCUUUCAAUUCAAUUUUGCUUCUAUAAGAUAAGUAUCCUAAUUUUACUUUGUGAUACUCCAUCUGUGAAAUUUUUAGUUUAUAGUUAUGUACACACUUGUGAAUAUCCAAGCUAGCUGAGGUAACAAGUAUACCAUAGUCCUUGUACUCAAAACAUUUUAUGAUUUUUGUUUGUCAUAGAAAUAUCCUGACAGGAUAUACUGAUGCAUAA